AUGGGUACUAGGAAAAAAGUCCAUGCCUUCGUCCGCGUCAAACCUACAGAUGACUUUGCUCAUGAAAUGAUCAAAUACGGAGAUGAUAAAAAAAGCAUUGACAUUCACUUAAAAAAAGAUAUUCGGAAAGGAGUUGUCAAUAACCAGCAGACAGACUGGUCAUUCAAACUAGAUGGAGUUCUCCAUGAUGCUUCCCAGGACGUAGUUUAUGAGACAGUCGCAAAGGAAGUGGUUUCUCAGGCCCUUGAUGGCUAUAAUGGCACCAUCAUGUGUUAUGGGCAGACGGGAGCCGGCAAGACAUACACCAUGACGGGGGCAACUGAGAAUUACAAGCACCGGGGGAUCCUCCCUCGUGCCCUACAGCAGGUGUUCAGGAUGAUUGAAGAACGCCCCACCCAUGCCAUUACUGUGCACGUUUCCUACCUGGAAAUCUAUAACGAGACCCUGUUUGAUCUCCUGUCUACACUGCCCUAUGUUGGACCCACAGACACUCCAAUGACCAUCGUGGAAAACCCACAAGGGGUCUUCAUUAAGGGCUUGUCAGUCCAUCUCACCAGUCAGGAGGAAGAUGCAUUUAGCCUCCUUUUUGAGGGGGAGACCAACAGAAUUAUAGCCUCUCACACAAUGAACAAAAACUCUUCCAGGUCACACUGCAUUUUCACCAUCUACAUGGAAGCCCAUUCUCGGACCUUAUCAGAUGAAAAGUAUAUUACUUCCAAAAUCAACUUGGUGGAUCUAGCAGGCUCAGAGAGACUGGGGAAGUCUGGGUCGGAGGGUCGAGUCCUGAAGGAAGCCACCUACAUCAACAAAUCGCUGUCAUUCCUGGAGCAGGCCAUCAUUGCCCUCGGGGACCAGAGGAGGGACCACAUCCCCUUCCGGCAGUGCAAGCUCACCCACGCUCUGAAGGACUCGUUAGGGGGAAACUGCAAUAUGGUGCUUGUGACAAACAUCUAUGGAGAAGCCUCUCAGUUAGAAGAGACGCUAUCUUCACUGCGGUUUGCCAGCAGGAUGAAACUGGUCACCACUGAGCCUGCCAUCAAUGAAAAGUAUGAUGCUGAGCGGAUGGUCAAGAACCUAGAGAAGGAGCUGGCGUUGCUCAAGCAGGAGCUGGCCAUCCAUGACAGCCUGGCCAACCGCACACUUGUGACCUAUGACCCCAUGGACGAAAUCCAGAUUGCUGAGAUCAACUCCCAGGUUCGGAGAUACCUGGAGGGGACUCUGGACGAGAUUGAUAUAAUCAACCUCAGACAGAUCCAGGAGGUGUUCAACCAGUUCCGGGUGGUACUGAGCCAACAGGAACAGGAAGUGGAGUCCACUUUACGCAGGAAGUACACACUCAUAGACAAGAAUGACUUUGCAGCCAUUUCUGCUGUCCAGAAGGCAGGGCUCGUGGAUGCUGAUGGCCACCUAGUGGGUGAGUCUGAUGGACAGAGCUUCGGGCUGGGAAUUGCCCCUUUUUCUACCAAACCUGGGAAGAAAUCCAAGUCCAGGAAGGCAUUCAAAGAGCCUCCUAGCACUUCAUCAAGAAAGGAAGGUGCUGGAAGCCCUGGGAGUGUCAAGGAUUUGGAAGCAGUUUCCACCUCCAGGACUCAGCUGAUCACAUCUGCCAAGGAUGGAGAGGUCAAAGACAUGCUUUCACGUGACCGUGAUACCUCCAGCAUUGAGCCCUUCCUCUCAGAUUCACCAAAGGAGGAUUCACGGCCACCCAGGCCCAGCACACCACCCUCCAAGCCUGUGGCCUUUGAAGAGUUUAAGAAUGAGCGAGGUAGUGAGAUCAACCGUAUCUUCAAAGAAAACAAAUCCAUCUUGAAUGAGCGGAGGAAAAGGGCCAGCGAGACCACGCAACGUAUCAACACCAUCAAGCGGGAGAUUGACGUGACCAAGGAGGCAUUACAUUUCCAGAAGUCACUACGAGAGAAGCAAGGUGACUACGAGAACAAGGGGCUGAUGAUUAUUGAUGAGGAAGAAUUCCUACAGAUUCUGAAGCUCAAAGACCUUAAGCAGCAGUACCGCAGCGAGUACCAGAACCUGCGUGACCUUAGGGCUGAGAUCCAAUACUGCCAACGCCUGGUGGAUCAGUGUCGCCACCGCCUGCUUACAGAAUUUGACAUCUGGUACAAUGAAUCCUUUGUCAUCCCUGAGGACAUGCAGGUGGCACUGAAGCCAUGUGGCAGCAUCCGACCUGGCAUGGUACCAGUCAACAGGAUUGUGUCUCUGGGAGAAGAUGACCAGGACAGAUUCAGCCAGCUGCAGCAGACAGUGCUGCCUGAGGGUCCUGACUCCAUCUCCUUCUACAAUGCCAAAAUCAAGACAGAGCAGAAGGUAAUUCGGGAGGUCUGUGUCUCCAAGAGGGAUAUCAAGAAACCAGACCGGGUUGACUGGGAGAGCGGGCUGAAUGCAAUGGACUGCGCGCUGCACUUGGAAAAAAGCAUGAAUCAGUCACUACUGGAACUGCAUAAACUGGCCACUGACAAGAACAACCCCCACUUGUGUGACUUCAUUGAAAUGCAUGACCUGGAUGAGCAGGUGAAAUCCAUCAAAGAAUUGGGCGACUAUGUAACCAACUUGUGCAAGAUGGGGGCCCCGGAUUCUGGCCUGGCAGAGUAUCUCUUUGACAAGCACACCCUGGGAGACAGCGAUGGAAAGAGCUGA